AUGAGUUCAAAUCAAAGGCAUACUCUGCCUAAAGGUAGUGUUGACGAGGACUAUCUAGAAAAGUUAGAAAGUAAUAUUCACGACAAUAAUCAUGAUAAUUAUCAUAAGUCGUUUAAACCCAAUAAACACAAAUCAUUAUACUCGAGAACUGAAUCGCUAUUUAGGUCUACAUUGAAAGUAAUACAAGAAGUUUGUGUCAGGCAUAAGAAGAUUGUAAUCGUAUUGAUUACCUUGAUUUGUUUGUCGCUUUUUACGUCUACUCCAUUUAUUCCCCAUUUAAGGUCAAAAGACCCAAAAGUCGUAAUAAUAUUGGCAGCAAACGAAGGUGGAGGUGUUUUGAAAUGGAAGGGGCCGCAAGAGUGGUCUGUGGAAAGAUCCUCAAUUGCCAACAAAAAGCAUUAUGCGAAAGUUCAUGGUUAUGGUUUAACUAUCAAGGAUAUGACACUUAAAAAGAGGUAUUCUCAUGAAUGGAGAGAAUCAUGGGAAAAGGUGGAUAUAAUGAAACAAGUGAUGAGACAGUACCCUGAAACUGAGUGGUUCUGGUGGCUAGACUUGCAUACUUAUAUUAUGGAACCAGAAACAUCGUUAGAACAGCAUUUCUUGGAUAACUUGGAAAAUGCAACUUACAGAUCUUUGGAAGCAUUCAAUCCCCUCAACCUUCCGGUUGAUUUGCCUUACGUGGACUAUAACAGCCCUAUUGAUAUGGUUAUCACGCAAGACUGUGGUGGAUUUAAUUUAGGCUCAUUUAUGUUAAGAAGAUCUGCUUGGUCCGAGAUGCUAUUAGACUUUUGGUGGGAUCCUGCCAUGUAUGAGCAAAUGCACAUGGCUUGGGAACAUAACGAGCAAGAUGCGUUAGAGACGUUAUAUACGACCCAAUCUUGGAUAAGAGAAAGAAUCGGAUUUCUUCCUUUGAGAAAAAUUAAUGCCUUCCCACCAGGAGCAUGUUCUGAAUUCUCCAAUGACCCUAGAUAUUUCUACAAAGAGCGUGAUUUCGUUAUUAAUAUGGCUGGUUGUGAAUGGGGAAGAGACUGUUGGGGUGAAAUGGAACAUUAUAAAGCAUUAUCUAAGAGACUCCAUAAGAGAUGGUGGAAAUUUUGGUAG